AUGAGCCAUGGUCAUGAUCCUGGCCGUUAUUACAGAGGUCAUCGUUCAAGGUCGUUCUUUGCGCACGAUGUUGACGAAUUGGUGGAAAUCCGGGCACGGCAGAGGACCUUUGACGGAGCUUAUGCGAGGAGUGCCCUAGGCACCCUUGGUUAUGCCUUGGCCAUCUUGCGUCUCUUCGACAGGCGUUUCUACCGAAUCGGCAUCCUUUACACCGUCCUAGCCGGCGCGCUCUUUGUGAUCGCGUUCUUCCGAUACCGCCAUUCCCGCCAUGAUUUCGCUGACAAGCACAAAAACGUCUCGUACGACAACGCGAUCAGCACGAUCGGACAGAAAGGCGGUCGGUCAUUCGGGCGUCCUUUCGUCACCGCAGGAUGGAGCGUUUUGACAGUAACCAUUGUCGUUGCUGUGGUUGAGAUUGGAUUGAUGGUGCUGAUAUUUGUGGUCGUGUAA